GGUUGAUAGAAAUAACUUUCUUGCAACAAAGCCCGACCUAUUGUUCCAAGUAACAGACAUACGAACAAGUGCAGUUUCUCUCUUUCCAUACUUGGACAAUCACAAAUUCCAAGUCUCGCCAACCAUCGACUAUUCGGAUCCUGCCCCACAAUAACAACAAAGACACGAGCGACGACCGCGAUGGUCAAGGACACAGCAUACUAUGACGCGCUAGAAGUGUCGCCCACUGCCACCGAUGUCGAGAUCAAGAAGGCAUACCGCAAACUAGCCAUCCGCCUGCAUCCCGAUAAGAACCCCGGCGAUGAGACUGCGAGCGCAAAGUUCCAGGAAAUCGGCGAGGCAUACCAAGUUCUCAGUGAUGAGAAACUCCGCAAGCAAUAUGAUGACUACGGCAAGGAGGGCGCCAUGCCCAACACAGGCUUUGAGGAUCCUUCCGAGAUGUUCAACGAGAUCUUUGGUGGUCAUGCCUUUGCAGACUGGAUCGGCGAAAUCUCCAUGGUCCGCGAUAUGGAGAAGUCGAUGGAAAUCACCAUGCGCCACGAGGAGGAGAAUGCUGCCGCUGAUGCAGAGGCCGAGGCCGCAGCCGCUACCGUCGACGAGAAGAAAGCAAGCCUGGACAAGACGGUUCACGAAUCCGCCGCUCAGUCCCACGCCGGUGCUGCCGCCGAUCUCAAAGAUGGCAUGGACAAGAUGAAUCUCUCCGAGGAAGCACCAGCACCACCCGCCUAUUCUGCAGAAAGACCAAAGGGCGUUCCCACACGUCUUGCCCUUACCGACCGCGCCGAAGAGGAAGCCCGCAUGGAAGCCGCUGGCGUCACCGAAGCAGAGAAGAGCCUACGCGCAAAGGAAAAGAAGAAGGGCGGGUUGACCAAGGAGCAAAAGGAGGAGCUUGCCGCUUUCGAGGCCGAGCGUGAUCGUGCUCGUGGAGAGCGCAUUGAGGACUUGUCCAAGAAGCUCAUCAACCGCGUCAGCGUAUGGACCGAGACCGACAAGGGCAAGGACGUCACCACCUCCUUCCGCAAGAAGAUGGAGCAAGAAGUCGAAAACCUUAAAAUGGAGUCCUUCGGUCUUGAGAUCCUACACGCCAUUGGCCAAACAUACACACAAAAAGCAGCCACGUUCAUCAAGAGUCAGAAACCGAUCAUUGGCGGCGUCACCGGCUUCUUCUCACGCUUGAAGGACAAGGGCUCACUCGUCAAGGAGACAUGGGGCACCGUCAGCACUGCCAUAAGCGCACAGAUGGAAAUCGAAGAAAUGGCCCGCGCAGAAGAACGUGGCGGCGACGACUGGACAGACGAGAGAAAGAUGGAAUUCGAGCGUCGCGUGACGGGCAAGAUCCUCGCCGCCGCAUGGCGAGGCUCCAAGUUUGAGAUUCAAAGUGUUCUCCGCGACGUCUGCGACAAGGUGCUCUAUGACAAGACUGUCAAGGUGGAUAAGCGUGUCGAGCGUGCUCACGCUUUGCUUGUGAUAGGAGAUGUGUUUGCUAAGGCUGCUCGUAGCGCUGAUGAAGAGGGUGAUCAUCUUGCCUUUGAACAGCUCAUGGCUGAGGCUGCACAGAAGAAGGAGAAAAAGAAGAAGGACAAGGAACCAAAGGAGCCUAAGGAGCCCAAGGAAACCAAAGCCUAGAACUCUAAAGCUCCUUCUUUUGACUGGACCUUGAAGCAACAAGACCUCCAAUGUUGUAUAGAUAUCUGUCUAUCAUGCUACGACGCGCCUUAUAGGUCUCCUUUUCCUGUUUCAAGAUACAACUGGCGUUUUUCCAUAUCCCUAAUCACCUGUACAUCCGUCAUCUUUUUCUUGACUUCUGUCACCUAGUACCCCAUGGAAUACCAAGCCCCUCUACCAAUUACACCUUUGGCCUAAUCCAACCAGACUUCUGAUAACUGAUUUCGUCACAUAUCACAACUUCGAGGUGUAUAGGCAAGACUGGCCCAAGGCACGAUAACUUCUUGAAUUGCAGUGGCCUAUGGGAUUCGCAAUGGCUUUGUGUAUGCACUAGAGCUACCGAGGUAUGGUGAUUACUCAUUGCUCUA